UGGACUUGGCUCUCCUUUCCCCGCCCCCAGGCCGCGACGCUACUUCUCCUUCACUUGGCAGCCGGGCCGAGCCUGGGUAGGUGGGUGUGUGCCAGGGAAGAGAAAGAAGCCCCUCCGUUUCCUGGCUGCCUGUGCCCUGCCCCCAACUCCUACCCCCUUGCCUUUGAGCUCUGCGGCUCUGCUUCUGGCCCCCGACUGACUGUCCGUGCGUCUGUCCGCCGGAGGAGAUGCGGCAACACAGACGGCUGAGCGCUCAAGUUUUACGGAAUAGCCAGAGUUUGAUGGAGAAUCGUUCGGAUGACAGCGGGAACAGUUGUAAUCACCGGUGGAAUACUAGCAACUGUGAUCUUACUCUGCAUCAUUGCUGUCCUGUGCUACUGUCGGCUCCAGUACUACUGCUGUAAGAAAGAUGACUCUGAUGAUGAAGAAGAGGAAGAAGGACAUGAUCUUUCUGCUCCAUCAAGAUUUUCCACCUGCAAUUCUUGCAACUCCCAAGUCCGGGAUGGACAAGGUGACCUGGCACCACUGCCCAGUGAGCCCUCUGACCAGCAUCGAGGUGCUCAGAGCCACUGUCCCAGUUGUGCCCCUUACAGCUCCCCCUUUUACAUACGGACAGCUGACAUGGUCCCCAAUGGUGGGGAGAGGCUCACCUACACUCCCACUUGCUACAAGGAGUUGGGGCCUCCACCCCUCAAAAUGUCAUCGCUCCAGAGUUUCCCGGUGACCCGACCAGGCCUUGGACGUGAGGCCUUUACCAAUCCAAGGGCUAUUAGUACAGAAGUAUAACCUUACCUACCCACCACCCCCUGCUGCCCCCUUUGGAGCAAAGCAGGGCAGUGAGAAGCCCCUGCCCCAUGGAUGAUCUGUUUUCAUAGGUUUUCUUGCUACAGAAUAUAGGGUUCUCUGGGAUGUGUUAAUGGGUAAGCUGAGAACAAAUGUGACAUUGACACUCAGGCAUCUGACUACUGAAAGGACAUUGCAGCAGGAAGGGAGAGGGGGAAAGGGAGACCCCUUCACCUGAUGGGAAAAGUUUGCAGCUCACUACAACUUUACCUACAAUGCCACUUGUAUCAACCAGUGGGGCUUCUUCACCAGGGCUAUGUGCAAAACAAAUACACCCAUGGCUACACCCAUGCUUCACUAAGACUUUACAGAAUCCAGAGUCAGGGCAUACCCAGGUAAGCUGUGCAUCCCUGGAGCCCUCAACCAAGUCCUUGUUAGAAGGACUGAGCAAACUCUGAAGAUGGGAGCUAAGGAAUUCUGGGGCCUUGGAUCUGGCAGGGGGAUGGGAGAGGGGGAGGCACACUUUCUGGGAAAAAUGGAGGUAAAAGUCAUGUCUAGUUUGAUCAUUUUGUAAUCCUGGUAUUGUAAUAGUUGCAAUGACUGAGUACUUCUAGCACUUAGAGUUGAAUAGGAAGCCCUGUGACUAGUUCCUUUAUAUCAGACUCAUAGAUGUCACACACAAACUACCCCUACACCUCUCCAUGGGCAACAGGUGGCAUUGACCUCAUUGUGGGGGGAGAGACUUACAGAGGGGAUUGGAUCAUGCCAAACCAUUUUUUAAAAUUGAAAAAAAAAACACCUCGUCUUGAUUUGGAGACUUAGCGAUGGCAGGGUUUUAUUAAAAGGCUGAAACACG